UCCUCUAAACUAUCUGGUCCGAACAACAGCAUCCAGUCUGCUGUCAUAGCAACUCUUUACAAGGUGAAAGAACUCAGUCGACCAGUCCGACUGCAUACUUUGAUGGUGACGUGAGGACACACCCUCUCCGAUGAAGAACAACAAGCUGUAUCACUUCACUCCGUCUGAUGGAAGCUGAAGUGAAGCACAGACCUCCGUUUCUACACAGACCUGAUGAGGACAGAAGAGAGCUGCACUGAGAAACUUCAUGUGAAGCUGUGAACCGCCUUCACGCUUCCCCAAUAUUCACAGAUUCAUCCAACUUGUGUCCACAAAGAGGACGCUGACUUCAUCAGAGGUGCUUAGAAAGAGGGAGAAGAAUUAUAUUUAAUUUAAAGUAUCAAGACUUUAAAACCAGCUGAUUUUUGUUAUUUAAAUGCAGAGCAGUGGGUGAUUUAUUUGUGGGUCUUUAAAAAAGACAGAUGGAGAUGGUCAGGAAGGACAUCCUCAACAUUUUAAAGGAGCUUGAGGAGGAGGACUACAAAGAGUUCAAGUGGCACCUGCGGAACCAUUCAAGCCCGGAAGACCCCCGAUCAAUCCCACCCUGUGACCUGGAGAACGCAGACAGGAUGGACACGGUGGACCUGAUGGAGCGGUGCUACGACACAGACUCGGUUCAAGUGGCCAUGAAGGUUUUGGAAGAGAUGCAAAAGAACGAUCUGGCCAAAAAAUUAUCCAAAAGGAACUCUAACCCUACGGGUGAACCGAAUCCUGUGGGAGGAGAUAGAGGUCAAGAGAUUAUUGACAACUGUCAGCGUGAACUCAAAUCUAACUUGAAGAAGAAGUUCCAGUGUGUGUUUGAGGGGAUUGCUAAAGCAGGAAACACAACCCUUCUGAAUGAGAUCUACACAGAGCUCUACAUCACAGAGGGAGGGACUGCAGAGGUCAAUGAAGAACAUGAGGUCAGACAGAUUGAAACAUCAUCCUGGAAACCAGACAAACCAGAAACAACCAUCAGACAAGAAGACCUCUUCAAAGCCUCAGCUGGGAGGAAGAAACCAAUCAGAACAGUGAUGACUAAGGGAGUGGCUGGCAUUGGGAAAACAGUCUUAACGCAGAAGUUCACUCUGGACUGGGCUGAAAACAAAGACCACCAGGACAUACAGUUCACAUUUCCAUUCACCUUCAGAGAGCUGAAUGUGCAGAGAGAUAAGAAAUACAGCUUGGUGGGACUUGUUCAUCACUUCUUCAGUGACACCAAAGCAGCAGGAAUCUGCAGGUUCGAGAAGUUCCAGGUCGUGUUCAUCUUUGACGGUCUGGAUGAGUGUCGACUCCCUCUGGACUUCCACAACAAUGAGAUCCUGACUAAUGUCACAGAGUCGGCCUCAGUGGAUGUGCUCCUCACAAACCUCAUCACGGGGAAGCUGCUUCCCUCUGCUCGCCUCUGGAUCACCACACGACCUGCAGCGGCCAAUCAGAUCCCUCCUGAGUGUGUUGGCAUGGUGACAGAAGUCAGAGGGUUCACUGACCCCCAGAAGGAGGAGUACUUCAGGAAGAGGUUCAGAGUUGAGGAGCAGGCCAGCGCGAUCAUCUCUCACAUCAAGAUCUCACGAAGCCUCCACAUCAUGUGCCACAUCCCAGUCUUCUGCUGGAUCACUGCUGGAGUUCUGGAGGAGGUGUUGAAGGCCAGAGAGGGAGGAGAGUUGCCGAAGACCCUCACUGAGAUGUACAUCCACUUCCUGGUGGUUCAGUCCAAAGUGAAGAAGGUCAAGUACGAUGGAGGAGCUGAGACGGAUCCACACUGGAGUCCAGAGAGCAGGAAGAUGAUCGAGUCUCUGGGAAAACUGGCCUUUGAUCAGCUGCAGAAAGGCAACCUGAUCUUCUAUGAGUCCGACCUGACAGAGUGUGGCAUCAACAUCAGAGAAGCCUCAGUGUACUCAGGAGUGUUCACUCAGAUCUUUAGAGAGGAGAGCGGACUGUACCAUGACAAAGUGUUCUGCUUCGUCCAUCUGAGUGUUCAGGAGUUUCUGGCUGCUCUUCAUGUCCAUCUGACCUUCAUCAGCUCUGGUGUCAAUCUGAUGUCAACCUCCGUGUUGACAGGUUUCCUAGCUGUCUUUGGAGCCAAACCUAAAACCAAACGUCUCUACAAGAGUGCUGUGGACAAGGCCUUACAGAGUCCUAAUGGACACCUGGACUUGUUCCUCCGCUUCCUCUUGGGUCUUUCACUGGACACCAAUCAGACACACCUACAAGGUUUGCUUAAACAGACAGGAAGUCUCUCACAGAUCAAUCGGAGAACAGUCCAGUACAUCAAGAAGAAGAUCAGCAAGAAUGUGUCUCCAGAGAAAAACAUCAAUCUGUUCCACUGUCUGAAUGAAUUGAAUGAUGGUUCUCUUGUGGAGGAGAUCCAACAGUCCCUUAGUUCAGGACGUCUCUCCACAGACAAACUGUCUCCUGCUCAGUGGUCAGCUCUGGCCUUCAUCUUACUGUCAUCACAAGAAAAUCUGGAGGUGUUUGACCUGAAGAAAUACUCUGCUUCAGAGGAUGCUCUUCUGAGGCUGCUGCCAGUGGUCAAAGCCUCAAACAAAGCUCUACUGAGUGGCUGUAACCUCUCAGAGAGAAGCUGUGAAGCUCUGUCCUCCGUUCUCAGCUCCCAGUCCUCUAGUCUGAGAGAGUUGGAUCUGAGUAACAACAACCUGCGGGAUUCAGGAGCGAAGCGGCUGUCUGCUGGACUGGAGAGUCCACACUGUGAACUGGAGACUCUCAGGCUGUCAGGCUGUUGGAUCACAGAGGAAGGAUGUGCUGCUCUGGUCUCAACUCUGAGCUCCAACCCCUCUCAUCUGAGAGAGCUGGACCUGAGCUACAAUCAUCCAGGAGACUCAGGAGUGAAGCUGCUGUCUACUAGGCUGGACGAUCCACAAUGGAGACUGGAAAGUCUGAGGGUGGAGCCUGCUGGAGUCCGAUGGUUGAGACCAGGUCUGGAACUCACAAUCGACACAAACACAGUAAACAGAAAACUCAAACUGUCCCACAACAACAGGAAGGUGACACUUGGGAUGAACAAGGAUGAGUCAUAUCCUGAUCAUCCAGAAAGAUUUGACUACAGGCCUCAGCUGAUGUGUAGAACUGGUCUGACUUGUCGCUGUUACUGGGAGGUCGAGUGGAGAGAAGACGUUGAUGUAUCAGUGAGUUACAGAGGAAUCAGGAGGAAAGGAGGCAGUGAUGACUGUUGGUUUGGAAUGAAUGAUCAGUCCUGGAGUCUGAGAUGCUCUGAUGAAGGUUACUCUGUGUGUCACAAUAAGAAAAAAUCACCCAUCACCUCCUCCUCAUCCUCCUCCUCCUCUGGUAGAGUAGCAGUGUAUGUGGAUUUUCUUGCUGGCUCUCUGUCCUUCUACAGAGUCUCCUCUGACACACUGAUCCACCUCCACACCUUCAACACCACAUUCACUGAACCUCUUUAUCCUGGUGUGAAAUCCAUGGAUGAAUCACGGCUGCUUGGUUACAACACCUACAACAACAACUGCUACAGGUGA